AUGAAAUUACAAACUGUAACACGAUCUUCUGAGAAUGAAUCAUCUAAUGAUCGUACAACAAUAAAUGAAGAUAAAAAUUUUGAUGAAGGUUUAAAUGAAGAUUCAAAAGAAAAUUUAAAUGAAGGUUUAAGUGAAGAUUCAGAUGAAAGUUCAAAUGAAGUUUUUGCUGAACGUUCAAGUCAAGAAUCAAAUGAUGAUCUUAAUGAUGGUCUAAAUGAACAUAAUGAAGAUCAAAUAACAAAUUCUGAACAACGUCCAUCAAUACUUGUUAUGAAUUCUUUUGUGAAAUUACGUAAGUUGUAAAAACAUUUUUAUGUGUAAAAAGAGGAUGAGGAAUAUUUGAAUAAAUAAUAUUCUCAAAAUUUGACGAUUAGAGUAGUUUUUAUCAUGAAGAUGCCGUUUCUAUUAUAACAGUUCUUCUCUUUUUCCUUUUUACAGAAGAAAAUGCGAGUCUCUUGAUUUGGAUGACCUAUAUUUCUAUAAAACAGUAGACAUAUUUUUUUCCGUCUGCAAAUGAUUUUGUUAUGAAAAUAUAAAAUAGUAAAUAAUAUCUUUUCUAUCUGACAGGAUCAUUUUUCAAGGUAUCUUUCAAAUGGAUUGGUUAUCAUCACAACAAUCAUGCAAAAUUAGACUAAUUUGGACAUCUUGGUUAAAUAAUUUUUUUUUUGCUGCUUGUCGCUUCUUUUAUUUGAUUUCUGCUUGUCUUUGCACUAAAUAUUUUUCUUCUCUUCAAAAACAAUUAAAAGUAUAUCUCACGCUUUUUAUCGAAUGUCCAAAUGAAAAAUUAUUGUACUAUCUCUAGAAGCCUUCUCACAAUAAAAUAUAGUUUUUUUUCUUUCUUUUAGUAAAGGUGAAGUUUGGAAGUUACGUGAUCAAUUAAGAUAACGAAUGAUGUUUCGAAAAUCUCACCAAAAAUCUACUGAAAACGAUAGAAGGUGUGGACGAUUGAUUACACAACUCAGCCAUAGCAAAUCGAGUCGAUUUUUUUGGGGGUGGUUUACAAGAAAACA